UCUUUUAUAAGAUUUCUACAACGCGAAUGUCCAACGAGGGAACACACACUCGCGACACCCGUUCGCCGACUGAACGUGUUGCUCGCGAGCACCGCAUUGAUACGAUGGAAGGAGAGCCUGAGGACACCUGCUGGGUCACCCCGGAACCGAACAUGGAGGGAGAAGUCCGUUGGUUUGCGGGAAAUUUUUGAAUUCUGUACGCCAAAUUCAGACACGUUUCGCGAGGGGGUAGUUUGGUGUGAGAGGUUACAGGUUUUUGUGUGUGUUUGCAUUUUGCAAAUGUCUCCAUAUGCCUGAAAUAUUUCUGUGGAAACUUGACGGUUUUGUCGGUUGUUCUUUGGUCGACGUGUUGUACUGUAUGUAGAAAUUAGGGAUAUUGAAGGGAUUGGAGUGGAAAUAAGAUAUGUUUGGUAAGCUGGAGCCACCUAGUAGUAAUAGCUGGAAAUGUAUAACCUAACCAUGAUAUUCGUAAGCGUAAUGUAUUUUCAUACGGGUACACGAGAGCUUUGUAAUUGGUAUUUAUAAAGCGAAAGUAAAAGCUUACGGAGUAUAAUUUGUUUGACCAUCUAGGAUGUAUACCCUCGAGAUCGAAUUUGAGAGAUUUGAUGAAUUUUAUGGGCUUUUAUUUAAUGAUAUUAACACAAUCAUACGUUGCGAAUGGGAAGAAAAUAUUUUUCUUAAUAAAAUUACAUUUUUUAGUGGAUAAAUUUGUUAUUACACUUAUUAAAAUAAGAGUAUACAAUUAACAUUUGGAAUUGAAAAUAUCAUCCCUGUGUCACGUGAUAUGUCUACAGUCCAGAUACAAUGAAUUGGGUUUUCAAAUUUUCCAUCUGUAAAUUAUUCUUUUUUAUGCAAGUGUAUUGAACUGACUAAAUGUACACACCAAGUUGAUUAUAAAAUAAUUAUAUUAAAAUGAAAAAUUGACAUAUCUUUUGUGGUUUUGCGGUUGCAAAAUGCGAACAUUGGAUUCGUUGGCGAUACUCCGUCACGUCAGUCGCGUCGAACCUUACGAUGUGGCAAUAGACCAAUAGUGAGACUUAACUUUAGACACAUGUACAGAUGCUACUAUAAAAAGAGUUAUACGAAAUAAUGUAUUCUUUAUAGUAGAGUUUCCUCUGCUCGGUAGUUUUGAAAAUGUUUCGAUUACUGCGUAUAUUUUGUGAACGAAGGUUAAAGCAUUUGUAGCGACAGUAAUUGACGUGUCAGUGCAAUUGCAAAUGGCGGGCGCCAAUGGUGACAUUUCCUCGGUGAGGAGGAAAAUCGAAAAAUUAGGAAUAUCUGCUGAUGAAUCGGUGAAAAAUGAGAAUGAUACAAAAAAGGAGAAAAGGGCGGAGCCUCGUCUUUGGGGUUUUGAAACCCGAGAACUGUAUAAAAUGGCAGUUAAUUUCUAUAAAGAGAAAGAGGGAAAAGCAGUUCAUUUGUCUUAUGAAGACAAGUUAAAGUUAGUUGCUUUUACCCAACAAGUAACACAUGGAAAAUGUACAGCAGAAAAUGCACCACCUUUAGGUGUGUUGGAUGUAAUAGGAAGGGAUAGACGUUUGGCAUGGCAGAAUUUGGGAGAUAUAUCUAGGGAGCAAGCUAUGGAAGGAUUUAUAGUUUUAUUAGACAAAUUGUGUCCCUUAUUCAGAACAGUUGUAGAAGCACAGAGGAGGGACAUAGAAGAAAAGUUACGGCUAAAGAAAGAGGAGGAAGCAAGAAAACUAGAAGAGGAGAGGAAGUUGAAGGAAUUAGAAGAACAAAAGAAGAAAGAAGAAGAGGCCAGGUUAAAGGAAGAGUUACAAAGGAGACAAAUUCAAGAUGCCUUAAAUCAACAAACGUAUCAUCAAUUUAAAAUGUAUGCAGAACAACAAUAUCCUGGGAAUCCAGAGCAGCAAGGUGUUUUAAUACGACAGUUACAAGAGCAACAUUACCAUCAAUACAUGCAGCAAUUACGUCAAAAUCAGUUGGUUAUCGAGAAUCAGACUUCCGAAGUAAAUAAUGUCACAACAGAAGAUUCUGAAAAGGAGGAACAUAAAGAAGAGACUGAGGAAACAGCGCCAUUAAAUGAAGAAAACUCGGAUGAUGUACAAGAAGAUUGGCCACCUAUAGAUCCAGCAGAGAUGUGGACAAUAAAAGGUGUCGAAAAAUUUAAGGAAACCAUUAGGAGGGAAGCCGGUGAUGCAGUUAUUAAGGUUGGACAUGGGGAGAUAGUGACUGUUAGGGUACCAACACUUGAAGGUGGCUCUUGCCUCUUUUGGGAAUUUGCAACAGAUGGUUAUGAUAUUGGUUUUGGGGUAUAUUUUGAGUGGUCAAAACCAGAAUCAAGUCAAGUGUCAGUACAUAUUAGUGAAUCUGAGGAUGAAGAUGAAGAAGAGGAUGAAUAUGUUUUGAGGGAUGACUUGGAGAGUGGAGUAACGAACGGCAACAUUCAGUCUGAUUAUAAACCACCAUCACCGCCUAUAAGCGUGAUAGUACCUGUAUAUAGGAGAGAUUCUCAAGAAGAAAUCUAUGCUGGAAGUCAUAGGUACCCUGGGCAGGGAGUGUACCUUCUUAAAUUUGAUAACUCGUAUUCACUUUGGCGAAGCAAAACGCUUUAUUACAGAAUAUAUUACACUCAGAAUGGCUAUGUGAAGAAUUAGCUUUAUAAAAGGCAACUAAAAUUCACAGAUACAACCGUUUGAGAACUAGCCGAAUACAAUGGUCUGCCGAUACUGCUAGUCCAACUAAACGAAGAGUCCUAUAUCAUAUUUCUGUUCACAUAAAGCGAUGUACUCGCAUAAAAAAAAAUUAUAUACUUAUUAUAGUUAUGUAAAAACACUUUAUUGUUUAAUAUGGCAACAAAGUGGGCACAAGUAAAGAAAAGGUUCCUAUUGUUCCCUUUCCCAUGAAUCUUUGUAAAGUGAGCAAAAGCAAACGAAAUGUAUAAACGUUAACGGCAACAGUAUAUGUGCAGCAAGAAAACUUCUUUGUACCCGAUAUAUACGUGUCGCAUUCGAGUUAUAUAUUAUAUAUAUAUCGAGUAACAUUAUUACAUAACAAAGCAAUAAUACUGCUUUCCGUGGUCUGACCUUCAGUCUGUUUUUAUUGUUAUUUCACUCGUGAUUAUGUCUUAUACUUUUAUUAACAAUGUCCCACGUUUUAGAAAAAAUACAUUGCAAUCAAAGCACUUGGUUGUUUCGUUUGGUAAUUAUAAACGUAUAUAUAGAUCUAUAUAUUAAGAAUCAAAAGAAUUUCAGAAAGACUGUUCCCCUUUCUCCUGUCAACAUUUUAUUGUGUUUUAAUCAUAUCGUUUUAGUUUUUUUUUACAGGAAUGUAUAUCGUCAUUAAUAAUAAUAAUAAUAAUAAUAGUAAUAAUAAUAAUAGUAAUAGUAGUAAUAAUAAUAAUAUUAAUUAUAUACACAGCGGUAUAGAGUUACAGGCUUAUAACGCGAUCGCGUGUACAGUUAACCCACAAUAACAGACGAUUCGCCCUAUAAUAACAAUUUUACUUAGAAGAGCACUUUUUGAGACGGCAUGGUUG